AUGAACAGACAUGAGAAAUAGGAAGUAGAAUCAGGAUUGCGUAAUCUUUUAGAGGAAGUAUAUAGAAUUUACUAUAUGAAAUCAGAUGAUGAUUUUUAGUAAUGAAAAGAUGACUGGGAUAGAGCACUAAAGUUGUUUAGAUUUAAUAUAAAGAAUAAGCAAACUCUUUCGAUAAUUGAAGAACAGUAAUCUGGAAUAUAAGAAGCUGGAAUCUGUUUUGUAAUAAUAGGAAGCAGACAUCCGAAAUCAUAUUAGUGUAUGAAGAGAUUUUUAAUUUUAGUUAGAAUAAUAGAUGAAGUUAUAUUAGGAUGGGUUAUAAACAAAGUUAGAAGAAACUAAUGCUGAAGUAAAGAAAUUAUAACAGGAAAUCUAUAAAUUAAAGAAACUUAAGUAAGAGUAUAAUAUGAUAGUUGUUAAUCAGAAUCAAAGAAAAAAGAUUAGAGUCAUGAUGGAUCUACUUCUUAUCGAUAGGGUUCUCCAAAAAAAUAAUCUUCAUUCUCUUAACAUGGAGGUUACACUUCCCAUCGAAAUUCAUGUGAUGAACUUUUCAAGAGAUACAAUAAAUUAUUGUAACAAUAAUAGGCCUCUAUAAGUCAACGAUCAAAUAACAUUUAGAUUAGUUAAUAUAUGAUGAAAGGACGAUAGACUUUAGCUGAAAUUUGUAAUAUUUAACCAAGCAGAAGUCAAUCAAAAUAGAAUAAUAGUGCUAACAAAAGUGGAUAUAAUAAUUCCAUCAAUUCAGAAGCAAUUAGAAACUUGCUCAAAAUGAAAUGA